ACAUGUCGUCUUUAUUGUCAGCGUUUACCGAAUUACUUUGAUUGUAGGUAAUGACGAGAAAAUAAUUUCAACCGAAAAAAGUUGCAGUUUAACGACUAACAACUGUAGACAACGAGCCAAGGUGCUGACUGCUAACGUAAUUUAGCCAUUUACCGUCGGCUAGGUUAAAUCCGGUGGAAAGUGAAUCAAGCCCCCCUGUCUGUUAUGAUCACAGCGCCUGUCAAACACAACCAUUCUUUAUUAUGGAAUUACCAAAGCGUCUCAGACCAUUGUUUUGCCUUUCCCGUCCAUUUUCCCCUUUACGUUUUACACGACACAGUUUUUGCUCUAACUUCGCUGAAACUGGUAUCACUUCAAAAGAGAACCGAAGGAAAACGUUAGACAGUUUUAAGGGUCGGAUAUCGUCCGGUCCAAGAUUUCAGGACUUUGUCAAAGGAGUUUCAGUCGACAAAAUCCCUUUUGUCAAUGAGGGGCACACUGAAAAACAUCCUUAUCUUUCUGAGGACUCGAAGGUGGGAAAUUCAAGAAAAGUGUACUUUGAAACAUAUGGAUGUCAAAUGAAUGUCAACGACACGGAGAUAGCGUGGUCCAUAUUGCAAAAGAAGGAUUAUCAGCGCACUAGUGACCUUAAUGAGGCAGAUGUUGUUCUUCUUGUAACUUGUUCUAUAAGAGAGAAAGCUGAGCAAACAAUUUGGAACAGACUACAGCAACUUACAGCCAUGAAAAGGAAACGCAUAAAGACCCAUACACCGAUGAAAAUUGGGAUUUUAGGUUGCAUGGCAGAGAGGCUUAAGACUGAGCUUUUGGAGCGUGAGAAACUGGUCGAUGUUCUAGCUGGUCCAGAUGCAUACCGGGACCUCCCUCGCCUUUUGGCUGUAGCUCAUGGUGGUCAACAGGCUAGCAAUGUACUGCUAUCUUUGGAGGAGACUUAUGCUGAUAUCAUGCCUGUCCACCAUGCCCCUCAGGGAUACAGUGCUUUUGUGUCCAUCAUGCGAGGCUGUGACAACAUGUGCAGUUACUGCAUCGUUCCCUUCACUCGUGGGAGGGAGAGGAGUCGACCUGUGAACUCUAUCCUCGAAGAAGUCCGUAUUUUGUCUGACCAGGGUGUAAGAGAGGUGACACUACUAGGUCAAAAUGUGAACAGCUACAGAGAUACAUCAGAGCAGCAGUUCUGUGGCUCAGACCCAACCCAGCUCAGUCGGGGCUUCAGUACUAUCUACCGAACAAAAAAGGGAGGCCUGCGCUUUGCUGAUCUGUUGGACAGGGUGUCCCACAUAGACCCAAAUAUGAGGAUCAGAUUUACUUCCCCUCAUCCCAAGGAUUUCCCUGACGAGGUUUUGCAGCUGAUUGAGGAUCGAAGGAAUAUUUGCAAGCAGAUCCAUCUUCCAGCACAGAGUGGUAGCAACCAGGUCCUUAAAGCCAUGCGCCGGGGCUACACCAGGGAGGCCUAUCUUGACCUUGUGGAGAACACCAAGAGAAUCAUCCCAGGGGUGAGUCUGAGCAGCGACUUCAUUUCAGGCUUCUGUGGUGAGACAGAAGAGGACCACCAACAGACUCUUUCUCUGAUCAGAGAGGUCGGGUACAAUUUGGGAUUCCUCUUUGCUUACAGCAUGAGAAAGAAAACCCACGCGUUCCACCAUCUGCAGGAUGACGUGCCGACAGAGGUGAAGCGGCGCAGGUUGGAGGAGCUCAUCAGUGUAUUCAGAGAGGAGGCGGCAAGGGUUAACGCCAACCUCAUUGGCAGCACGCAGCUCGUCUUAGUGGAGGGAGAAAGUAAGCGGUCUGCCCAGGACUUGUGUGGGAGGAGUGAUGGAAACCUGAAAGUGAUUUUCCCCAAAAGGGAUGUGAUUGAGCCUGCAGACUCUAACAAUCGCCCUAUCAACCCUGGAGAUUACGUAUUGGUGAAGAUUUUGUCAGCCAGCUCCCAGAGCCUGAGAGGCCAUGUCCUGAGCCAUGGCUCCCUGACUGACACAGUGAGACAAAAUGAGAGCCCAGCCAUCAGCCUGACACAAGGGUGGUAACCUGAUUUCCUUACUGAGAUGAUACAAACACAACAUGCUUGACAGGCAGAGGGGAUAUUUACAAGAAACAGGCAGCCCAUUCCCAUUUUUCUCCUCUGACCAUUGUGGCAGUGGAUUUCUGGAUAGACAGACAUGCUACCUGAUAAACAAUAAAAGAUCUUGUAGGGAAGAAAACCCCAAAUGACAUGUUAUUUAAACACUUGUAAAUAUUGUACGUACAGAAAUGUUACAUACUAAAAGAUAUUUCAUUCCUUUUAUUGUAGAUUAUACAGUAUGGUAAUAAAAUGUAUUUGAAUUGGA